AUGGCCGACGUCGAUGUUGAAGUACCCAGUGCCCCCGUGUUGAGCGGCGGUGCCAUGGACGUGAACACAGCUCUCCAAGAGGUAUUGAAGACCGCCCUCAUCCACGGUGGACUCGUACAUGGACUUCACGAGGCUGCUAAGGCUCUUGACAAGAGACAAGCUGUGCUUUGCGUUCUGGCUGAGAACUGUGAUGAAGAUGCUUACAAGAAAUUAGUGCAAGCCCUCUGCAAUGAACAUCAAAUUCCCCUUGUUAAGGUUGACAACAACAAGAAACUUGGUGAAUGGGCAGGUUUAUGCAAAAUCGACAAAGAUGGCAAAGCGCGGAAGAUCGUCGGAUGCUCGUGUGUAGUGAUCAAAGACUUCGGUGAAGAAACUCCCGCGCUCGACGUAUUAAAGGACUACUUGAAGACCUCAAGCUAA